AGCUCUUGCUCCCGGCGCAGAGGGGGACGCCAGGCAGUGCGGGCAGGCUUCUCCCGCCCCCACGCGCGCGCCCGUCUGCUCACCCGCCGGUGGCGGCCCCGCGCAUUCCCGCCGCUACGUCCAUCGUGCCGAGCCGCGCAAGCAGCCGUUCGCCGAGCCCGUGGCCGGGGCCCUGGCGUGCAGCACGGGCCUCAGCGGGGCCCAACGCCCCAGCCCAGGAGGAUGCGGCCCGGGGUGGCCCAGGAGCUGAGCAGGGCCCCCGCGCCGGCCCCCAGGGGCUCGGGCCUCCAGAGCCGCAGCUGCUGUCGCCCCGCCCCCGGGAGACAUGACUUCCAAGCCGCAUUCCGACUGGAUUCCCUACAGUGUCUUAGAUGAUGAGGGCAGCAACCUGCGGCAGCAGAAGCUCGAGCGGCAGAGGGCCCUGCUGGAGCAGAAACAGAAGAAGAAGCGCCAGGAGCCCCUGAUGGUGCAGGCCAACGCGGAUGGGAGGCCCCGGAGCCGGCGGGCCCGGCAGUCGGAGGAGCAAGCCCCCCUGGUGGAGUCCUACCUCAGCAGCAGCGGCAGCACCAGCUACCAAGUGCAAGAGGCCGACUCCCUUGCCAGUGUGCAGCUGGGAGCCACCCGCCCACCAGCACCAGCCUCAGCCAAGAGAACCAAGGCAGCCGCCAUGGCCGGGACACAGGGUGGGGCCGCCAAGAAGGAGAAGAAGGGAAAGCACAAAGAUGUGACUCAGGAGUGUCCGUGGCCUGCAGGCACCAGCGGGCCAGCAGCACUGGCAGAAGACAAGUCGGAGGCCCAAGGCCCUGUGCAGAUCCUGACUGUGGGCCAGUCAGACCACGCCCAGGACACAGGGGAGACGGCAGCUGGUGGGGGCACUCGGCCCAGCGGGCAGGACCUCCGCGCCACGAUGCAGAGGAAGGGCAUCUCCAGCAGCAUGAGCUUUGAUGAGGAAGAGGAAGAUGAGGAUGAGAACAGCUCCAGUUCCUCCCAGCUCAACAGCAACACCCGCCCCAGCUCUGCGACGAGCAGGAAGUCUGUCAGGGAGGCAGCCUCAGCCCCCAGCCCAACAGCCCCAGAGCCACCUGUGGAUGUUGAGGUCCAGGAUCUAGAGGAGUUUGCUCUGAGACCAGCCCCACAGGGCAUCACCAUCAAAUGCCGCAUCACACGGGAUAAGAAGGGGAUGGAUCGGGGCAUGUACCCCACCUACUUCCUGCACCUGGACCGCGAGGAUGGGAAGAAGGUGUUCCUCCUGGCGGGAAGGAAGAGGAAGAAGAGUAAAACUUCCAAUUACCUCAUCUCUGUGGACCCAACAGACUUGUCUCGAGGAGGGGACAGCUACAUCGGGAAACUGCGGUCCAACCUGAUGGGCACCAAGUUCACCGUUUAUGACAAUGGGGUCAACCCUCAGAAGGCAUCAUCCUCUACUUUGGAAAGCGGAGCCUUGCGGCAGGAGCUGGCAGCUGUGUGCUACGAGACAAACGUCUUGGGCUUUAAGGGACCUCGGAAGAUGAGCGUGAUUGUCCCUGGCAUGAAUAUGGUUCACGAACGAGUCUCUAUUCGCCCCCGGAAUGAGCACGAGACCCUGCUAGCACGCUGGCAGAAUAAGAACACGGAGAGUAUCAUCGAGCUGCAAAACAAGACCCCUGUCUGGAACGACGACACCCAGUCCUACGUACUCAACUUCCACGGGCGUGUCACCCAGGCCUCUGUGAAGAACUUCCAGAUCAUCCAUGGCAAUGACCCGGACUACAUCGUGAUGCAGUUUGGCCGGGUAGCAGAGGAUGUGUUCACCAUGGAUUACAACUACCCGCUGUGUGCACUGCAGGCCUUUGCCAUUGCCCUGUCCAGCUUUGACAGCAAGCUGGCCUGCGAGUAGAGGCUGCCUCAAGCUCCUUGGGGUUGCCCAGCCUGGAGUGCAGCCUGCCUAUCUUCUGUACAUAGGCCUUCUGCCAGAUGAAGCUGUGGCCCACAGUGGGCGUCCUGACCUGGCCAGCCGGGAGCCAGCCCCUCUGCCUCUGUGACCAAGGCAGUGGAGCAGUAGGGAGUGUUGAGACGAGGGUAAUUCUGCGCCCCAGGAUCAACACACACCCUUAUUCUCGGGUUAGUAUCCUGCUGCAGUCAUGUUUGCCAAGCUGGGCAACCUCUUCAUCUGGGAAGGCCCGAGGAGGUGUAGAGGGAGAGGAAGCACAAUGCAGGGCCCAGCCAUCUGCUCAGCCUGGAGACAGCCUACAGCAAGGUAGGGCACACCUGAGUGCGUAUGUGUAGAUGGAGGGCAUAGCAGCCUUACUUGGCAAAGAGGCCUGGUCUGCAGAAAGCCGUCCCACCUCAUAAGGCCCCAGGCAGGCCUGAGGGGUGGUGGGGAUAGGGAGUUGGCAGUCUCUUGCCAAGAUUACAGGGACCUGGCUACCUGGCUACCUGCAGUUGGUAGGCUGCAGUUGGUAGAGCUGUUGUGAUUUCUCCAGGUUGGCUCUGUGCUCAGAGGCAGUGAGAAGUCGGCUCUCAAGGCCCAGAUGCAGGAGGUGAAUGAACAGGCUCUGCGGUACAGCCCCUGGAGGCCCAGUCCCACUGUGGGCCUGCCUAGGGCUCCUGAGGGCAGAGCACCACUGCCAAGCCCUGGUGUGCUCCGGGCAGCAUCUCUGUCUUCAGACACCCAGCUAAGUCAUGCUAGGAGAGGGCUUCAGGGUGUGGUUCCUCUCGGGAGGUGGGGGGAGUAGGGAAUUACUGGAACUACAAGAGAUCAGAAGUGGCAGGCCCGCGGGGAUCAACUGGUACACUCACGUUGCCUCUAGCUGAAUCACUGAGAACACAGCCGGGCCCUGGGUCGCCGAGCUGGGUACUCUGGUAGAGUUCCCUUCUGUGUUCCCACCAUGCCCUAAGAAACUGCUGAUCUCCAGCUCUCUGGCCUCCUGGGGUCCUUUCUGCAUGCCCUUAACCCUGAUUCCAGAGUCUUAGCAAUGUCAGAGUAGAGGAACGCCGCACAGCAGGGCCCUGUCAGUCAGAUGGCCCUAAGUGUGACAGAUAAACGAGCGUCCUGGGCUGCUCCCUUCUCCUUGGAUGGCACUACCCUCUAAACGCUUGCUCACCUGACAUCUUCCCUGGCAGAGACAGGAAGCAAGCAGGGGUUAUACUUUGGAGUAGAUAUGUGUAAAAAGGAUAAGGAGAAAUUCAUAUUUUUGGUGACACUGAAAAUAUUCAGGCUCUACAGGUGAUUAGUCUUUGUAAUCUAGAUUUUCCUAUGUUGAAGGCUUCAAGCAAGGCAUGCCUGUUUACACCUCAGCCACGCGUGUUUCUCUGCCAGGUCCCUCGAAGGAGCUAGCCUCUGUUGGAACUAACGCUUUUCUGGGCUGGGGCUGGUCAUUUUCUAACGCAGCACUGUGGUACCAGGGACUUGCCUACAUGUGAGCUGAUCGCAGUGUCUUCUCCCACUGUUUUCUGCAGCUACAGUUGUAAGGCAGAACAGGCUGACUGUAGUGAGAGGAGGUCCUGACGGCAGAUAGAAAAAUCCGAAGCACAAUGGAAAGUUCUUGGCCUUUCUUUUCUCCGUUAGCACAUGGAAGAGUAGAAGAGCCUUGGGCGCUGAGGGCCAAGCAAGCGCAGUUGAGCCCCUGCCCUGCUCAUCAGCCUCCACCCCUGGUGAUGCUGCCUUUCCUUGAUCACUGGCCCUAGAGCCCACCUGGCUUCAGCCUCUCAGACCGUGGUGAGAGUUCCUUCCCCUUCACAGAGUCCUGGAGUGGAGGAAGGGAUGCGAGUCCCUAGGACCACACCCCAAAACUUUACACCCUCUGCCCCAAAAAGUUCCCCUGCAGAGCGGUGACGUUCUCUUCCUCACCUGUUCUCUAAGUCUAGCUUUUCUUUCCUUUUGGCUCCAAGGUGCUCUGUGUCCGUGUGUGUGUCCGUCUGCGUGUGUCUGUCUAGGGAAAAGGGCAAUCUGUAACCAUCAACUGAAGUUCUUACUAGGAGCAUGUUCCUAAGGACGAGCAGGACAGGAAGGAGUAGUCAUGGUCACCGGCGGGCUUUCCCCAUUCAUUUCAUGCUCCAGCAGCGAGUAUACCGUGGAAAUAAGCAGCUCUUCUCCUGGGGAGUGGUCAGCUUUCCAGUCUGAGUGUCACAUGCAAGCUCUUGGGUGAAUUUAAACAGAACGCUAGUGAGUGUGCCUUAACAGUCACAACACUAGUGCAGCGGAAACAGGUAAGGACAGGUGUACAGGUGUGGGAGGCCAGGUCAUGGGAGUCAGACACUGGAAGAGAACCUUGGAGCCUGCUCCCUUCCCUGACAAGUAGGGCAACAAGCUAAAAGCAGAAGUUGUUUUCAUUUAACUACACUUUGCAUCUCUUUAGAGGUAGUUCUAACAAGCAGCAGGGGUGCUUUUCACAGGAAAAGGUCCCUCCGCCUCUGGGCGCUGUUAGGCAAGCACAAACCAGCCCCUUGCGGGAUGUGGUUUUCCCUGAGGGCACUAACACUGGCCUUCCCUCUAGCUCCUGUGUGUGGCAGGUGUGCUUCCAUGGCUGCAUCCUGAUGGAGUUCCUUCAGGACGUCCAGUAUGCAGGUUUUAAAAUCUCCAAGGGGAGAGGGAGGCACCACUACAGAGUUCUCUCACUCUAGGUCUUAAUUCUUUAACUGCAUAAUGGAAGCUGCUGGACUGGGGAUUCAGGCUGGAUCAAAGUUAAUUCUCGCUUUUGUUGCUACCUUUUCUAGCUCAUCACUGUGCCUUUUUCUUUCCUAAGAAUGGACAUCACACGACCCUUCCUUCCUUCUCCCCCCAGUCAAGGUCCAGGUGGAGCUGGAGAUGAGGCUGAGACCCAGCUUCCUGGAGGGCUGUGUCAGAGGACCUAGAAAGGGAAGCCCAACUCUGGUCUCUUUUAGUCCUGCAUUUGGUGACAGAGGGGACGUGGUCAGGAUAGGUGACAUAGCUCUUGCUGGGAACACAUUUAGCCAGUUUUCAUAAUGCCUAGAACAUGUAUGUCUAUUUGCACAAGAUCGUCUUUUCCUAUUUUGGAGUGGUCAGACAUUUUAUUUUUGUUCAAAAUUAUCUGGAGUUUUAGACAAACUUGCAAAACUGUGCUUUUAUUAAGUGACUUUUUGAAUAAACUCUUUGGUAAUCUGGAACAAAUGUACUUAUUGGUAUGUGCAAUGACAAACUUGGUAUUUUCCCACGUUGACAUUAUGUAUGUUGUUGAAGUUAGUGUUUGUCUAAGUACAGACAUAUCAACAAAUUAAACUUGAAUUGUUUCAA